UGGAGAAAAAUAAUGCUUCCCCUUGAGAGACCCUACAAGGACGAAAAUGGACGACCCAUCCCGACUCUACUUGAUAUUACUGCAGACGGUCAGUUCAUAUACGAACCACGCGAGGAAUGGGACGCGAAACUCGGUGAACGCUUCAGACGCAUAUUCACCGAGCGAGGCGUAGACUUCUUUGACACGGACCCUGACACAAGAUAUCGCACUGAACCUGAUAAAUCUGACGAUGUCAAUACUGCAAAUGUAGAUAUCACUCCUUCAGCGCAGGCCGACAAGGAGGAAGAUGCAGAGACAGACGCAGAGGCAAAGCAAAUGACUCCUGAGAAGCUCUUCCAUAUGCGCAGCGAAAUCCUUCCUCGACUACAUGUUGCACUGGGUGAAAUGUCCCACGCACGCGACUUGCUUUCACUCCUUCUGUCUGCGUCACCCGCAGCCCCAUCUUCACUUGGUGCUUCGGCGAGCACGUCCCUUCUUAGCGCCCCUUCUGUGCCUGCAGCAGCUUUGAGCCCCUCACUUACACCCGGCCUAUUGACAUCUUCGACAGUGUCUGCUCUACCUCCAAUCCAGUCCGUCCAAGCAUUUGAUGCCCAGUUCGUUACAGGAGGAAAAGAUGACGCUCUUCGGAAAGCUUCAGAUGUGCUACGGAGCGCCGCAGAAGGCAUCGAACGGAGUACCCUGCGCUCUGAGGAUUACUGGGCAGAUGCCCUCCGAAUACGUCGUUCGAACUGGGGACUCGUUCCUGCUCCUCUUCCACUAGGUUCUUCAACAGGGAAAGGAUCAGACAAAACGAGCAGGGAUUUCUUGGUCUCAUAUGGGCUUGAAUCAUCACCAGCGUUUUAUCGUCGCCUUGCAAUUGCACACAUGUCCUUUUUAGUGCCGUCGUCAACACAGGAUGACCCACUUGUCUUCCCACACAGGGACAAGACUCGCCUACGCGUCAGUCUAACACGAAAGGAUUCAUCCGGUGACAAGUCGACCUGUCACAGCCAAGUCCGGAUAACACCUGACGACUCCCUCAGCGGCGCAAUCAAAAACGCUCAGAAGGAGAUCGUGGAGAAAGAAAUCUUUGACGCGUUUAUAAAGGAAGCAGGGAGGUUACCGACAGCGUCUGCACGCGUAUCAGAGCGUCUCAUAGUAAUCGACGCUGCGCAAGAUGUAGAAAUUCGAUUUGAAUUGCUUGACGAAGGACUUAUCGCGUCUUCCAACUCCAGCGCGGGAUCUUCAUCCGACUUAACUGGCCAAGCUCUGUGCGACCUCAUCGCUUCCUCCCUUCCCGUCUUCUUACUUCGACAGCAUGCACACCAAAAAGCUGUCCGUCUCAAACUUCUCCCGAAACAGAUGAAUGGAGCACCCAGCUUUAUCCAGCAACCGCGAAUUCUACAACCGAUUAUUGAUAUUAUACAAUAUCACGUAUUCCUCAAACGAGUGCGUGGUGAGCUCUCGCGAGCUGCAUCACGGCUUCGUAAUGUAGGGAUAACUGUAGACCUGCGAUUCGAGGGUGUUGGUGAAACGGGAAAGGUGGUCCUUGAUGCAUUGUUAGAUGGGAAGGAGAACAUUGGUGGAGAAGCGGUAUUAAGAAUUGACGGGAGACAUACUUCACGAUUCACGUUCGCCUCUCCCUCAAUGCUCACCGCGCUUCUCCCCCAAGCGACAAUAACGAUAUCUUCCAUCCCUCAGCUCGUCCAGUUGUUGGCCGAUGAGAUUGAGCGCAGUCUGCUUGAACAGAUAUGCGAAAUUGGCGUGGAAGUUUGUCAGUCGCUCAGCGGGACGUGGUUCGUCGAUGAGAUGAUGUGCCGUGCUGUUGGUCGAUGGGAGGGUUGUGUUCUAAACUUCCGCAUCAAAUGUGGAGACGACUUAUCCCUAGACUGCCACGCACACCAACUCCUGCGCACACGACCUCCUGGGUCCGGAGGGAUGGACCCCAAACAGGUUACACCUUCAUCUGCGAGCUUCGGGACGUUCUCCGGGCCUGCGAAACUCUUGACGUAUGAUACUCGAGAGGACAAAUCGUUAGGGAUGUUUGCAUGGGUUAAGGGCGUUAUAGAGGAUACCUUAUCCAGCAGUUAGUGUGUAGUCUAGCUUUCAAUGCUAAAUU